GUCUACUUCAGUAGUGGGAUGCUUGCUUCAACAUGGGUUCCUUACCGUUUCAUUCCCCAUGUUGUUUAGCCUUAUUUCGGCUCUUGUCUUAUCUUGAUGAUCAGAUUCUGACAACGCUUGAAACUUAAAACUAUGGGCUCUGUUGUUUUCUUAUGAUAUUUAUCUAACUUAUCUCAUCAUGAUAUAUUUUUUUUCAGUAGGAGAAACAAAAUCCAAGUGAAAAUAAAUAACACAUUCCAUUUUGGGCCUGCCAAGAUCACAAGGUUGCAAUUCAGGACGUGUGAAGCCCACAUCAGAAUCUACAUUCUGAAUUAUGACCUAAAUUUGAACAGCGAAAGCCUAUCGAUUUUCCCUCUCAAAAAACCCCCAAGCCAAGCAUGAGCUGAGAAAAAAAAUGACAAAGGGGAAAGGAAAACCGACCAAGUGUUUGCAAAAAAUGCAAACGAGAAGCUCCGUUUCCAAAUCCCCGCAACCCACCCCUCUCCGCCGAUCCCCGAGGCUUCUCAAUCAAAAAAAUCCCACAAAAUCGCAAGAUUUGAAUACCCAAAAGGCCAGAUCGAGGGACAACCCCGCUUGCUCCACGGAUAAAAUUUCCAAGAAACUGAUACAAUCAAGCAGUGGUUCAACAAAUUGUGUGAAUUCAGCGUCUGGGUUGCGAAGAUCUCCAAGAUUGAACGGCGGGUCUUUGUCUGACAAGCCAGAGGAAAGCAAGUUUAUCGAGACAAAGAAGGUUGAAUGUAGGAAAAACAAGGGUACGAGUAAGGGGCGAUUGUUGGACGAAGAGACGAAGGAAGUGGAGAGAAAGGAAAGGGAAGUUUGUGUUGGUUUGGAAGCGGUUACGGUGGAAGGGAGAGAAGUUUGUGAAAAUAAUGAAGAUGUUGGGGUUAAAAAGAUAAAGAGGAAGCGCGAGGAGGGAGGUGAUGGGAAUGUUCAAGGGUGGACAAGGGAGCAGGAAUUGGCUUUGCAAAGAGCCUAUUUUUCGGCCAAACCAACACCUAAUUUUUGGAAGAAGGUUUCAAAGCUGGUGCCAGGAAAAUCUGCACAGGAUUGUUUUGAUAAAAUCCACUCUGACCAUUUAACUCCAAUUCAACCCCAGCCUCGAUCGAGGGCAAAAAGUAUAAAUGUAUCGUCCACUGAACCUUUGUCAUUCUCUGCAAGCAGACUGCUUAAUCCCACUGUGCCAAGGACUAAAAGGUCAAGUUGCAGUAAACAGAAAAGCCAUCUUGUACAGAAAAAAACGGUGAGACAUUUGUUGCAAAAGCAUUAUCAUUCGGACCAAGGUGAUGAAGCGGAUCUAUUCUCUAUUCUUGAGCCCAACACAAGUCCAUCUAUGCAUGCUCUAUCGAAUGUUGUGCUUUCAACCCCAAAAAAUUUGUUGGAAAAACAGGGAUUUCUCCAGAAGUGUUAUGAGAGAUCUUCUUCUGGUCCUAAGAAGCACCAAUCAAAACUUGGUAACUCUUCUACAAGAGAUCUUGUUAGUCCCCCAGUGUUGAAGCAGAUUAAAAAUAGGGCCUUACAUGAGAAGUACAUCGACCAGCUACAUAGUAGGGAAGCUAAGAGAAAAGCAGAAUUUGGGAAGGAGAAUAGGGUAUCUAUUCAAGUUCUGAACGUAGACAAGGUUAGAGCAGCGAAAAACACAUUGGUUUCUGAUGCAAGAUAUGUUAUUAACCAGCUGCAACACCUGCAGACCACCUUUGUGGACAACUCUUUGGAUUUGGAUAAUGAUGAUGAAGAGGUAGGUAGUGGUGAUGAUGAAGGUGAAGUUCAGCUUUAACAAAUUGUUUUAGUUGUAUCAAAAUCUGUUAUAGCUAGCAUGCUUAUUGUAGCUGAUGACUUUUGACCCUGUUAUGUAGCCUGAAUCCAAAUUUUAGAAAUUCAAUGUUGUAAAUUUGUUCCUAAUAAUAAUCUCCUUUUUUGUUUA